AUGUCGCCGCUAAUUAAUUACAACAUCCAACCGGACUUCGUGGAUUGUAUCCGGGAUGUUCAAAAUGGAGUGCUUGCCGAAGAUUCAUUUUACGUGAAUGUUGAGCCUUCGGCCUACGAGGUGGAUGAAUUUCGUGUAAAAGUCAAGCUUCAAGAGGAAGUAUUGGUGUUUGAUGCCGGUACGGGCAAUUCUUUCAAGCAGACUGGUCGUCGAACAUUUGAAGCCAGGCUCGGUAGCCACCACUGCAAAUUUCAAACAGCUCACGACAACUAUUCAUCUGCUGCAGAGCUGGGCUCACCCGAUUUCACUUCGGUAGAUGUCUUUCAAAAGGAUGGUACUUGCUUGUACGCUAUAGGCAAUACCGCUGGUGAAGUCUCAGUCCAUGAUAGUCAAAGAGAGCAGAUCCAAAUUCUCAAAGGCCACAAGGCCGAGAUCACCGACGUGAAGUUCUUCCCUAGCGGCCAGGUUGUUCUCAGCAGUUCGAUGGAUAUGCAGCUGAAGGUCUGGUCUGUUUUAGACGGAAGCAACCCCCGAACUUUAAAGGGGCACAAAGGGUCUAUUACUACAAGUGCCAUUGUUGACCGAGGUCGUAAUGUCUUGUCGGGUUCCAAAGAUGGCACGGUUAAGCUGUGGGAGUGUGGAAGCGGAGAAGCUAUUCAUACAUUUGCAAGAAGUUCUAAUCGGACCGACGCUAUAAACGCUAUGGUGCUAUUGGGGCACGCAACCACAGCGAGCGACGAUAAGCAUCUUGAGUUUGGUACAACGGGAAAAAUUGUUUUAGCGGGGCAUGAAUCAGGAACAAUUUCUUGCCACGACUUGUAUUCGAAAGAACAAUUGCUCGAACUUCCUAAUCAGUUCAUGUCGGCAUGUUGGUCGUUAACGUCCAACUCUCAAUGUUCUACUUCUUCUACGGAAUCUCCGCUCUUCCUAUACGCUGGCUAUGCGAAUGGUGUUCUGGCACAGUGGGAUCUUAGAAUGCCCAGCAAGGCCAUUGAUAGCAUUUGUUGGAAUCAAGGUUCGCCUGUCACUGCUCUACAUUUUCAAUCACAGAGACUUUUUGCCUCUUCGGACCUCGAUUCCUCGGCAGCUUUUCAUGUUGAUUUAGAUUCGGGCACUAUCCAGAACCCAACCUUUCUGGUUUCCCAGGAAACCAAAAUCUCGGCAUACGCCCCUUUGGAUGACCAACAGAGAACUCUCGCUGUUGGUAGCGGAGGGCUCUGUGCAGUUUACUAG